AUGCAAAAGGCAUUUUCAGCAAUUGAGGCCUUCAGCAUGCUGUUAACCUUGGACCAGAUAAAUUCUGCUCAGCAACCCCCAUCACUACCAUCACCCCCACCCCCUCAGCAGCAGCUAUUAUUGCAGCAGCAUGUACCACAAACACAGCAAUCACCCCAACAACAACCAACACCACCUCCACCAGCACUACAGCAGCAGCAGCAGCAAGUACAAAUAUCUACAUCAUCUGCAUCCUCGUCUGUAAAAGGUGACCAAAUCAUCACUUUUCCAUGGAGCCGGGACCAUUCCUCUAACUGCUACCAUGGCCUGGACCAAAACGUAAAGCCAGGUGAAUACGUCCUUUUGACCCUUUUCAUGGAAUUCUGCAGCAUAACCGAACGCAAAAUUGAGCAGGUUCUUGCAGAACCCUUGAAGAAUCAUUUUUCAAAGUCCCUCCAGAGAAACGAGGACACUCAAUUCGACCAGCUUCUUACCUCGCUUGGAUGCGUGGCCGAACAGGGACUCCCUUCCCUGCUGCACUCGUUCAUUAAAUGGUACGAGAAGCAGUCCCUGGUGGAUGAUGGUCACCUGCUUGAUCGGUACAGGAUCCGAAGCAAAGGUGAGAAAAAUUUUCUCUGUGAGCGCCGAGAGCUAGCUGUAGAUUACAUGUAUUGUCUAGUACUCAUUGAAAUCUUGCCCAAACUGUCCUACCACCCAGGCCACGACGAUCUUGUUGCUUGCAUCAUCAAUCAGAGUUUUCGACAUUUCAAAUACAAAGAUGGAUUGCAGGCUAAUCCAAACUCUGGAAAUAUCAAACUGAUCUCUAGUCUCUAUGCAGAGGUAAUUGGUGUUCUUGCUCAAUCUCGCUUUCCUCCAAUCCGUAAGACAUUCCUCAAUGAACUAAGAGAGCUCAAGCUCCGUGACCAGACACCUUUCACAGCUCAAAGUGUUAUCAGCUUACUGAUGGGGCUUAAGUUUUUCCGUGUUAAGAUGCACCCCAUGGAAGAUUUUGAGAUGUGUGUUCAGUUUCUCCAUGAGCUCGGCCAGUAUUUUCUUGAAGUUAAAGACAGAGAUAUCAAACAUGCCUUGGCUAUGCUUCUGGUUGAGAUCCUUCUUCCGGUGGCUGCACAGGCCAAAAAUGAAGUCAAUGUUCCAGUUCUGAAAAACUUUGUUGAAAUGCUUUACUCAACAACUAUUGACAUGACGACUAAAAAGAAACACACCUUACAUUUAUUUCCUCUUGUCACCUGCUUGCUCUGUGUCAGCCAGAAACAGUUCUUCCUCAGCAACUGGCCCUAUUUCUUGACAAUGUGUUUAUCGCAGCUGAAGAACAAAGAAGCAAAGAUGUCUCGCGUCGCCCUGGAAUCGCUCUAUCGUCUCCUCUGGGUCUACAUGGUGCGGGUGAAAUGCGAAAGCAACACGGCCACUAGGAGCCGAUUGCAAAGCAUUGUAAACAGCCUGUUCCCCAAGGGCUCAAAGAUGGUGACGCCCCGAGACACUCCACUCAACAUUUUUGUCAAAAUCAUCCAGUUCAUUGCAAAAGAACGACUCGACUUUGCCAUGAAGGAGAUCAUCUUUGAUCUGCUCUGCGUUGGCCGGCCGAUCAAAUUCCUUACUCCCGAGCGUAUGAGCAUUGGUCUUCGAGCCUUUCUGGUCAUUGCAGACAGCCUGCAGCAAAAAGACGGUGAUCCACCCAUGCCCCAGUCAGCAGCAACCCUACCCUCUGGGAGCACAGUUCGAAUCAAGAGAACCUUCUUAAACAAGUUACUCAGUGAAGAGACAGCUAAAGAUAUUGGACUUGCAUGCUACUAUCCACACAUUCUGAAGACGUUUGACUCCAUCCUUCGGGCUCUCGACCUCCAAGUUGGGCGCACACUCCUUCACACGAAUUCUGAGAACACAGGCAAAGAAGUUGAUGAGAUUAUCACCAGUGACCGCAAACCAAAAAUCGACCUCUUCCGCACUUGUAUUGCUGCCAUUCCUCGACUAAUUCCAGAAAAUAUGAGCAGCCUUGAUCUUGUCGAUCUCCUAACUCGUCUCACAGUGCAUAUUGAUGAUGAAUUGAAAGGUUUGGCCUUCCAAGCUCUACAGAACCUUAUGCAUGAAUCUCAGGCAUUCAAAGAACAAGUCAUUCGUGGCUUUGUACAAUUUAUUCAGCGUGAUGUCAGUGACACUACCCCACAGCUUCUUGACGGCGUAUUAAGAAUGCUGGUGCAAUUACUUGUCCAGUGGAAAAGCAAUCCAACACCCCAGCAGCAACAACAGCAACAGCAACAACAAAAUCUGGUUCCACCAACUGGGCAGACCACCAGCAAAACUGAUGCCGCGGAAGGUAACGCUGUCCCUCGAGAUUUAGUUGAACUUUCUGUCUUGCAUGAAGUUGAGGGCCUUGCCCUUGUCAUGCUUUGCAGCAUUCGUCUGGUGACACGGAAACUUGCCCUGCUGCUGUUAAAGGAAGUCCGCACUAUCUUUUCAAGUUGCCUGCACAAUUCUUCAACCACCUGUGUUAAUUGUAGUAGUGUACCACAGCAUAACCACCACCUUCACAACAAUCACCACCACCACCAACAACAACAACAACAACAGCAGCAGCAGCAGACACAAAAAAAACGAUACAACAAAACCUGCCUUCUUGAUGUUAUGGAUAAAAUGUGCCCAGUUGUCAUGACUAGCAUGUUACAGUAUCUGCCAGCUGAUGAAAAAGCUGCCCUUAUUGCUGGCACAGUCAUUGACUUACAGUGGGUGUUGGACCGAGCAGCGAAUGUCUGGCUAAUGGCUGGCAGUCAGGAUAGCCAGGCAAUCCAACCAUUAAUGGUCAAUUCAACAUUCAGCCAACCAGAUCCUUGGAUCCGGUGUCUUGUCGUACUGGUUGCUUCUGACGAAGCAUCUAAACUGUGUGUUCAUGCCAUUAACUCUGCCUGGACAAUUAUAUACACACGUUUGCAGACCUUGUUUCCUCUUGUCGAUCCAAGUGCACAAACCAACGAAUAUCGGUCUUCAAUAUUAAGAUCUGGAAGCAAGAAGGUGACCAAUGAUUGCGACCUAUACAUGCACCUUUGGCACAAUUAUGUAAUACUUGCUUGUUGCCUGGCACAACUAGAAGCAGUGCUGCCACACAGGCGGUGCGCAUCUCCAGAGUUGGGAAUCAGCCCAGAGAACUUUGCAGCAUCAUCAUCGUCUUCAGACAAGACUGAGAGCAAGCAGAAUGCUCAAAGCGGAAAUCUCUUCCGCCUGCUCGUGCCCCUGAUAAAAUGUGAAAAUUCCGACAUGAGGGAUUCUGUUGUCAAUGGGCUUGGUUACAGUAAUCCUGCCGUCCUGAAAGAUCUUCAAGAAGAGCUGAUUCCUUACCUCAAAGAAACAAAUGAUAAAAAAAUUGACAACAUCAAGCAGAGGCGGCGCCGUAACAACCUUCGGGCUCAGAUGACUCGACUUUUUAAGUUGAUGGCAGAGAAUGGUGCAUUUGGGCCUAACAAUAUCGGGGUGAUUGACCCUGACAAAAACUGUGUGAACUCGUUACUUCUUGAUUACAUUGACGGUGCCCGCCUGUAUUUGGAAGGAGAAAACGAAAGGGACUUAAUAAGCUUGCAAGAAGUACGCUUACACUUUAGCAGUUUCUUGCGGCUACUUAUCAACAACACUCCCCUGAAGCAAAGGAACACCCUUCUAACAAAGGAAACUCGACACAGCUUGUUCCAUCUUCUGGCUAACUGGAGUGGAAGAUUUAAUUCUUUUUUCCCACACCUUGAACGUAAAUUGUCUAAAGACGAAGUAAGUACUGUAUUGGAACUGGCAACUGUCAGUGCAAUGUCAGCUGUUUUAUGUUGUGGGCCGAUCUUUGACCCAAAUGGUUUAAAUGAAGAUGGCUACAUUUACAGCUGGCUAGACUCACUCCUUAGCUGUGAAGACCUUGAAAUGAAGGAACAGAUUUUGAGCCUGGCUGAAGAGACGGUCAUCUUACUGCUGGACUUUAAUCCUGAUGUCCAGAGUAUGCUUGAUUGGGUCAUUGACCAUUGUUAUACAGCUCCCAUAGAAGUGGCUGACCGUUGCCUCAAUGCCCUUACAGCCGUUUUUGAGACUAAAGAAUACUCUUGCGAUCUGAUUGCCAUGUUGAAUUUAGUCGUGUUAAAUGUCGGAAGCCCCCGUAUCCACACUCAUGAGACAGCUUUGCAAUUACUGCGUCUAUUGGACACUUAUUUCUUUCAGGACAAACCCGUGUUUGAAGAAUCUACACCAGACACAAGUCAACCACCAAACACCUUGAAUGACAUCUUACUAACGGUUUCUUAUGCACAGUCACAAGCCAUCCUCUCUGAUCAGCUUGUCAAGCUUCAUCCAGAUUUGACUAUGCCUAUGUUUUCAGAAAUCACCCACCGUUUCCAAACUGCUCGUCCUGCACUGCGGCAAGUUCUGCUCAAAUGUCUCCUCCCUUGGCUGCAUAAUAUCGAAUUGGUUGACCCUUCAAUUCCAGCUGCUAAUGCCAUGUCUACUUUCCUGACCAGCAUUCAAGACAGUCAGGUAGGGAAAGGGACACGGUCCUACCUCGAAGGAGAAGGGUGGGGAUCAGCCCAGGCUACCGAGAUGGUGCUCAAUAACCUGCUGUACAUUACUGUCAAGUUUGGUGACUGCCACCCGUCUGAAAUUGAAAUCUUGUGGGCAGCGUUGGUUAAUUGCUGGGCUAAUAACUUAAGAGUCGUGGUUCGAUAUUUGGUGAUUGUCACUAACAUGUCCCCAAAUGUGCUCCUCCCCUAUGCUAAAAGGGUCAUCAGUUACCUUGGCCGGGCUAAGCCAGAGAAACUUGUUGAUGAACUGAUGGCAGAGUUGCAAACUGUUGAAACUCUAAACCAAACAAUUGAGCGAACACAGACUCCGCCUUUCUACCGGCUAUCAUCACUAAAGAAAGCUGGCAUGAAUGCCAACACAACAGAUGACGAAAAGCUCGGCUGUAGCCAGGCGGCUGAUAACCUACUUGAAAAGGGAGUUCUUCACACAAAGCGACACAGCACUUGUGAAGAGAUCACAGCUGAAGGCACACCUUGCACCGAUUCGACAACGUUCCUUUGCAGCAUUUCCAGUGUGUCCAGUUCCUCGUCUGGGAGUAGCACCCACGAUCAAACGGAAGAAGUCUCUGCUAGUCCAUCAAACUCUCCCAUACCGUACCCGCUCCCAAUGCCAGCCUAUGGGGGUUAUUUUGCUCCAAUGUCUGAACUCCUCCCGGAUACUUUUGCGCCGACGGUUGGGUUGCAUCGUAGCUACCUAGGGGUAAUGUUUCUUUCAGAUCUUGUUCUAGACGGCUUGGACAUUGACUGGACACCUCAUUUACCUCUCAUUCUCCAUAUUGUUUUUCUCGGGCUUGACCACAUGCGGUCACUUGUUUAUGAGCAUUGCAAGAAGCUCUUCCUCAAUCUGCUCCUCCUCAGUGCAGCUGUACCUGAACACCAAUCUAUAGCUAGAAUCUUGAUUUCUCGAAUGCCACAGCUAAAACUCCUGAGUGACACUCGAGGUGUAUUCACUGCAGACAGGGCACCCCAUGAAGAUGAUACCAAUUUCACAGGCACCAUGAAAGAGCCAGGCUUAACCUCCAUGUCUGAUGCACAGAACAUGAAAGAUUCCACUCAGUUUGAGACUGUUGAACUUUCCAUAGAGAGCUUGCUUAACUUUUUGGUAAGAAACUCCGGCAAGCCUUUGUGGAACUAUGAAGACAUAACGCCAAAGACACUGGCCACAGUCAGCUCGUCGGCCCUAGACUAUUUCCUGAAAUUAGUUGUGCGGGUCUUUGAAGAAUUAGUGCCACUUGCACUUGUCGAACAGCGGUGGUCCCAGAUUGCCCUGCAGAUGGCUCUGUCGUGUUCUUCCCGGCAUUAUGCAGGGCGAUCAUUCCAAGUCCUCCGUGCCUUGCAGGUACGACCUUCCACCCAGAUGCUUUCUGAUAUUUUAUCCAGGCUUGUCGAAACUGUGGCUGAACAAGGAGAUGACAUGCAAGGUUAUGUUACGGAGAUCAUGCUAACCCUAAUUGCAUCUGUCGACAAUCUUGACUUGGAGCUACGCCCCACAGAUAUGAUGCGCGAGCUCUUUUUGUCAACCCCUAACCUAGCAAAGGACUGCCUAAGCGAAGCUAUCAAGGGGUCUGUAGUUUCAUCUAAUCCAGCCCCUGCCCACACACGAAGCACAAGCUAUACAGUCUCUGUGUUAACCUCCAGGCUUACAUCUUGUAUUUCAGCUGGUGGAUCUCGUGUUCGUUCACCAUUGGACUUGCAUCGGUCUGGUCUGGCGAAAUCCCAUAGUGUCCAAUCUUUAAAAAAUUUUGACGAGGCAACAGCCGAAGAUAAACUGACUAUUGUGACGCAGAUGUUCUGGAUGGCCGUUUCUAUGUUGGAAUCGGAUUAUGACUACGAAUUCCUUCUUGCCAUUAAGCUCUUGGACAAGAUAUUGAAACACCUCCAGCCAGAAAGACCCGAAUGUCGGGAAAAAUUGGACAAGAUCCUGCAGCAGAUUAAAUGGCAUAACUUUCCAGGUGUGCAGAUUCUGUUGCUGAAAGGCUGUACAUCCCACACUCUUGCUGAGCCUACAUGGUUACUCUUGUCCCAGCUUACACUCUGCAUCAAUGCCCCCAUAAUGGACCCAACAGGAGCCCUGGGCUUUCCUAUCAAUGUUGUUGCUCUUUUGCCCUACCUUGUACACAAUUAUGAAAAUCCCAGCCCUGAGUGCCGUGAAGCUGCUGACCGAAUCAGUCAGAUGUGUGCCCAGCAGUCCGAGAAACUCCACAAUUUGGCUACUGUGAUAACACUUUAUAGUCGGGGCACAUUCAACAAAGACAGCUCCCAGUGGACUAAGUGUGUAGUAAAAUAUCUGCUUGAUGUGUACGCCUGUACUAGUCUGAGCAUGAUUACUUUCCUGGUUGAAGUUCUCGAACGAGGCCCAACCAAUUACCAGCCAGACAUCUUACAAAUUCUCCAUUGCAUUGUUCACUAUGUUGAUUUUAACACCACUUGCAAAAAGGUGCUAAACCAGCAGCUCUUCUGCCCUGUAGCCCGACACACAAAAGGUGUCCACUGGAAGGAAGCACUUAAAAUUCUCAAGUUGGCCGUAACUCGUUCGUCUACCCUAGCUGCUGCUUUCCCAAGUUCUGAUGCUGGUGGCCCUCCUGGAAACCGCUCAUCCUUCGUCGCAGACGUUGGUAUUUUCCGCAAGAAAGAGCUCCCAGGACUGACCCUUGAAUUCACUGUGGAUCUCUCCAACCGAGCACUUAUUGGGCACAAAUAUCUUGGCAUUGACCUUUAUCCAAAGGAAGAGAGUCGGAAUGUCAGCUUACUUUCUAUUUCACGGAAACACUCAGGCAACCAAGAUUGGGAAUCUUCAUGGAAAAAGCCCCAAAUGUCCCAAACUCGGAUCCGAGAGAGGUUGAUCAGCUUACUGACCUAUUUCGGUCAGCGUAUUGGCCUGCCAAAAAGCCCCUCGGUUAUUUUCAGUCAAUCUAGUGACCAGCAGCAUAGUGUUACGUCUAGUGGGGAAGAGACAUCUAUACCCGAGACGCCGUCCAAUGAUGCUUUGCUUAGCGACACCAAUAGCAGUGAUCUCAUGAUGACAUUCAAACGAUUUGACUUUUUGGACAACGAACUGGAAAAAGACGAACAAAAUGACGAUUAUUUCUCGUUGGGUGAUCGUUGCCAGGCUUUUAAUCUCCAUACAUCUGAGUCUUCGAACAAAGCCGCUUUCGGCAGUUCACCAGAACUCAAACUUCAGGACAGCAUUGAAGAUCUAAAAGGAAUUGUUUCUACAGAUAGUGGGUGUCUCCUUGAAGUUUCCACAUCUGAUGAAGAAUCUCAAACACCAGGUGCUGAUGAUGAUGGUAUGCCUAGAGACCUUCCAUCUAGUAGUUCUGUCACAAUGCUUCCUAAUGACAUUUUGAUUGAAAGAGAUACCUCAAGUCCUGUUCUGGUUGUAGGCCCAACCAGUUCAAACGAGAUUGAUUUAGUGGUUCUUAGUUCCAGUACUUCACGGGCCCUCAGUGUAGCUCGUUUAGGUGCUGCUUAUUUCACCAUUCCACCUGAUGAAGCUUGGCAAACCCAUCUUCAUCAGGUACUCACCAAUUCUACUGUUUCACUGACCACUGUGACCUGCCUGAUCUUUCCCAGGCUGUACAACGAACACCGCAGAUGUGUUGCUAACUUGACUCGUGAAGCAUGCACGUAUAUCGGUGAAAGUGAGAACUUACAGAAACUGACCAAUAAAUUUCUGCACAUUUUAGACACCCUCUUCACCCAAAUGGAAUGUCCAUACAUCUUUGCUAAGCCAGAUUCGCUCCUGGACAGUAGCAUUAUCGACCGCCACAAAUUUUGUGUGUUGGAGAUCCAGGAAUGUUUGGACAUGUUGAGCAUGCGUCUAACCCAAGCAGAGCAGUGUCUAGACACUAUGAAGUCCCUCUCGGCUCUUGAGCCUCUGAAUGAAAUCUCUGGCGCAGCUGCAAUGGUGGACGACAGUGGUCUGGAUGACCAGAAAGGAGAGAUGUGUCGGCAACUGUACAAACUCCUUUUCCAAAUGGUGCUUCUGUUUGAAAGUUUCACCAAAGUUGUGGACAUCUUCCAGAAUUUGAAUUUAAAUGGUCAAGCGCUGGAUAUGUCCGGCCAGCUGGUGGUCAUGAGGCAAGAACUGACCAACAGCCUGUCGGAACUCCGGACUGGUGACGUGUCUCCUUUGUACUUUGAUACUCAGGUUGACUCCAAGCAAGACGCCAUGGCCUUUCUUCUGGAGUACUUGCAAGGCAAACAACACAUCACUACAUUGCAGCUUCUCCGCCAUUUUCGCUACCACUGGCCGGACGAUGUUUUCGGCACAUCAGAAGAGGACGAUGUGCUUGCUCUCAUGAAUAUAUACUGCAGUUGCGUGUCCCAGACAACAGGCAUCUUUGUGCUUGUGCGUCCCGAGUUGGAUUUUGGACAGGUCUACAUAAUCACUCACCUCCCUAUCUUACCCAUUCUUUCCUCCUGA